AUGCCAACACACCGGAAAACAAUCACCAUAGUGCAAUACAACGCCCACGCGUCCCGGGACACUGUCCUGGUAGAGUUCCUCCGGAGAAUGGAAGAGACGGAGGACAGGCCAAUGGUAAUAGCAAUCCAGGAACCAUGGCGACCUCAAAGCAGAAACACUACUACGGCAACACCCUCCUACUACUUAGCACAUGCGGACAUCCCGGAUGUACGCACAUGCUUCUACAUCAACAAAGAGAUAGCCCUCUCCGACUGGGAAAUCCAGGUACACUCAAAGGACCUAUGCACGUUACUCCUGCGGCUACAGGACCGCACCGUGCAGAUCCACAACCUGUAUAACCCCCAGCCGAGAGGGCACACGGCGGAGCUCCCGGGGCUGUUUACCCCGGGGCACGAGCACAUGCUCGUAGGCGACUUUAACCUCCAUCACCCCCUGUGGGGCGGAGAGAGAGUUGUCGCGGUGGAAGACGAAGCAGCAGAGCUGGUUAGAGUGACCCGGGCAGCAGGACUGCAGCUGACCACAGAAAGAGGCAUCGAAACGUGGCGAAGGAACCACCAGAGGACCACCAUUGACCUCGCCUUCACGUCAAGAUGGUUGACGGAACGGGUGCUACAAUGCCAGAUUAAGGACAGCUGGCAUACGGACUCCGACCACUGGCCGGUGCUCACGGAGUUCGACAUCCAACCCCCGGAGGCGAUGGAACCCCCAGGCAGGCCGCUGUGG